AUGGCCACAUUUGUGACCGUCAUGAAGACGAUAGCAGCCGAGUACGUUCGCCGAAUUGGCGACGUGCCCCGUGCCCACAAAAUUCCUCGCGAGUGGAUCCAUCUCCCAGAGCCCGUCAAUAUUCCCAGCGACAUCGACGUGGACGAAGCUACGGCGCUUGCUCUGCGAUGCUCGGACUCCACUCCAGUCUUCACUUAG